ACAGUCAAGGACAUCAUGCCAAUGUUUAAUUUCUUCAAUGGAUUCAUUUAUGUGAAUAUUUCAUACUAUGGGAUUAACAAUAAUUCAGGCAAGAACCUAGUGCGUGGUGGGAGAGGUAUCGGCAGGAUCCGUGCUGCUGCCAGGGCUUGGGGCUGACCUGUCCGAGUUCUCGUCCGUGCCGAGCCCACUCGAACCACAGCCAUGUCCGGGGACGAGAUGAUUUUUGUUCCUACUAUGAGCAAGAAGAAAAAGAAGAAGAAGAAGCCCUUUAUGUUAGAUGAGGAAGGAGAUGCCCAAACAGAAGAAAUCCAGCCCUCAGAAACAAAAGAAGUGGAGCCAGAGCUGACUGAGGACAAAGAUACGGAAGCUGAUGAAGAGGACAAUAGGAAAAAAGAUGGUUCUGAUGAUCUAGAUGACUUGAACUUCUUUAAUCAAAAGAAAAAGAAGAAAAAAACAAAAAAGAUAUUUGAUAUUGAUGAAGCUGAAGAAGGUGUAAAGGAUCUUAAGAUUGAAAGUGCA